AUUCAGAUGAGCGAUAUCCAACAGAAACAGUCAAAUGAGGGAGCUCGUCCUUCCUUUCCCACGUCAUCCGAGCAGAGAGCGUACGCGUGAUAACACAGCUCUGUCAGCUCCGGACAAACGUGCGAGGAUGGAGAAGAUGUCCGGUGUUGACCUGCACAUGGAGCCCACAGAAGGAGGCCUGAAGGAGCUGGUGCUGAGGUGGUUCACUGAGACGCAGGCGCCGCUCAUCCUCAACAACGGGAACUUCCCCGACUGGUUUCUAGGCUUCGCUGCACGAAAGGACACAGAGGAUCUACUCAGAGAUAAAGCUCUGGGCUGCUUUCUCAUCCGCCUCAGUGAUAAAGCCAUCGGGUACAUCCUGUCCUACAAGGGACACGACAGGUGCCGCCAUUUUGUCAUCACCCAGAACCAGGAUGGACAGUUCUUCAUAUCAGGGGACUGCCAGACGUACGGCAGCCUGGCGGAGCUGAUAGAGUAUUACAAAGUCAGCCCCAUCCAGCCCUUCGGAGAAUACCUGACCUCCAGCUGUAACGAGGUAGACACAGGUGAGCUGUACGAUGUGGUGAACACCAGAGCGACGUCUGGGGUGAGUGUCCAGGCUCUGCGGACACUGUGGGACAAGAAACCCAAUCAUAACAGCGCCCCGGGAAACAAUCAAAGGGUCCAGCUGCAAACUGAGCCUCCUGCAGUUCAUGCGCCUGCACUGCCUCUCAAAUCUAAAAGCAGGAAGCUGACGGGAGCUGUGUCUGUAGACACAACGUCCCUCGCACAGGUUUUACCUCCAGUCCCAAAGAGAGGCCUUCCUCUGGGCUUCUCCCUCAGUGGCUCUUUGCCGGACACGACACCACAUCCGACUGAAGUCCACACCGAUCCAAACAGAGAGAACACAGGGCUGAUGUCUGACUCCUUCAACAGCGCCGACAAAAGCUACCCAGGUGAUCUGUGUCCACCAGGCAUCACAUACUCCGAGCUGACACAGGUGGAGAGCAGGAGCAAAUCUCUGCCCAGACUCAACCACGAGGAGCAGGAGCAGGAGCAGGAGUACUCCAACCGGCUCAGUUCUCCCUCCUUCACUUCAUCGUCAUCUUACUCACCCACUCCACUGAAGAGGCUCACCUGUCACACCUACUCCCUCCAGGAAACCAGAGACACACUGAGGCUGAGCAGGUCAGAGCAGCAGAGCAACGAGGUGGAGAUGUUGAGGUCCAACCCGCUGUACCAGGCGUCUGAGGGGCCUGCAGGGAGUUCAGCACAGCAGGGAGGCGACAUGUACGCCGAGGUUCCCCCGAGGCCGGCACACGACGGAGGGUCUGAUGACAUGUACGCACAGAUACCUACAGAGGCUGAACCCGGAAACACCUACGAGUCCCUGGAGGAUCUGAAGACCAAGAAGUCCAAAUCCACCUGGGGGAAAAACAAUAUGAAAUGGAAGAAGUUUCUCCCUGAUAAGAUGAAGAAAUAAAACCUGACUGACAGGAAAUAAGUAUUAGAAUAAAAAUGACUUUUAUGAAAUAAGUUCUAUCAUAUUUUUGUAAUAAACAUUCUCAUCACUUUCGUUUGGGUUUGAAAUGUUGUGUGACUCAUGAAUUGUUAUAAAUUUUAGUAAACAAGAUUAAUUGAUGUUUUUCUAUCAUCAUCACCAUCAUCAGUUGUAGCAUUUUUGCACUUGCAGUGGUGAUGAUAUAUGAAGCUGGCUCAGUAUUUAGUCCUUUGAUUUAUAACUGAACCUUUUCUAACAUCUUCAGUUUUAUGUAAAUUAACUUGAAAUAUUUAUUUCCCUUUACUUCUGUACACAAACUCACUGAGACAUAAGAAAAUCCAAUGAAUAAAUUUUACAACAUGGAAAAAAUUUAAUGACAUCAUUGUAAACUAGAUGAGUUAAAGGGUAACUCCAGCAAUUUUACAUAUUACAGUGUGUUUCCUUUAUGGUUUUGUUUCAAAUGAGGUAUUUUUAGAUCGCUGUAUGGACACAUUUACGUGGAGGAACUCAGUAUUUCUUCCACCACUGUACUACUGAGCUGGGAUUAAAUAAAGCCAAACAUGUACCCUUUAAAAUGUUACCAUCAUGAAACACUUUGUGCUCAAAGUGAGCCUGAAUGUCGACGAGUGAACAAAGUUUAACUACUUGGGGUUUUAAUGCAGUCUUGUAUUAAGUACAUUUAUAUUUAGUGCAUUUAUCAGAUGCUUUUGUCCAAAAUGACACUAAUUAACAUAUUCAUACAUUGAUGGUGGAGGCUGCCAUGCAAGCCAGGAACAGUUAAGGGUUCAGACACUUCAACAUGCAGACUAGGGGAAUCGAACCAGCAACCUUCCGAUAACGCUGUGAUUAGUUUGACCCCCAAAAUGAGAUCAAUAUAAGAACAUCUGGCUCUUUAGAGGGCGUCUGAGGUGGACAGAAUAACAUGGACACUUACAAUAUGAUACAGUAAAAUUAGUUUGUGUUCCACUUUGACCACGACUGUAUUUAUUUCAGGUCCUGUUUUCUAUUUUAGUUUUCUAACAGUUAGAACUUAGAAAAACCAGGUUUAGUGAUCUAAAGGUUGAGAUCUAAAAACCUUCAGUCAAAUUAAACCUCACUUAGGCCAGUUUAUUUCUAUAGAACCAUUCAGAGACAUGGACAUUCAUCAAAACUAAAAACAUGAACACUUUAAAACAGCUUCUGAAAGACAAAUAUAUAAAGCAAAUAGAAAAACAAAUAUAAUUAGCUACAGUUACAGUUUCACCCUGAUUACUUUUUUUUAAAUAACUGUAUCAGAAC